AUGCCCUGCAGACUCAAAUUCUAUAUCCACUUCCACUCGAUAAACAUCCCUAAAUCGAACUCACCAACAACACUAAAAAAGGAAAGAAAAAGGGGGAAAAAACUACAUACAUAUAUUGCAAAAAAAUGGCCGAAAUACCCACUGGCAGCACCACGCUCAAGCUCACAGCCCUCAUCCAAGCCACAGCCCAGCUCAUCUCCCAGCUACAGCUACAUCAGCGGGGUACCUCGCUCACCAAAGACCCUCUACGAGCUCACCGACGAGCUCCACGCACUCAUCAAGAUCCUCGCCAUUCUCCGGGACCAUACCGAGGGUGCUACAUUAAAAACAGAUAGUGCGAGCCUGGGAGCCAUUCUCGCAAGAUAUGGGCUACUUGAGAAGUGUAGUAGCGAGUUAGACGAUCUUCGUAAGAGUAUCGAGCCGGAUGGAGGAGGGUUUAGGGGUGUGGUUUGUGAUGGCCCAAGAUGGCCGUUUGGGGAUGUGAGGACGUCGGAGUAUAUCUUGGUGGUGGGGAGACUUCGGAGCUUCUUUAAGUGUGCACUUCUUAGGGAUGAUAGUGUUAUUUCAGCAAACCUCUCGGCCCAUAUCAAGAGACACGAAAGCUUAAUUAGAGAUAUGGUGAACGAUGAGGAUGUCCAUGGGCAGAUGCCACUCGAACUGGCAGUUUCUGGGGGAAACUCAGAUGUCGUGCGGAUGCUGCUUGCCGCAGGUUCAGAUGCGAGGGUCGAAAUAAAUUCCGAUAUGACACCACUGGGCACGGCGGUGAGAACGGGAAACUACGAGAUUGUGCGGAUGCUUAUUGAACACCACGCAGUCCUAGACAUGUCACCGCUGUUCUUUGCAAUCCACAAAAAUCUCAUGCUCAAGGACAUAGCAGUCCUACUUAUAGAACACAGCCCACCAAGUGUCAUCUCGGGGAUCAACAGAUGUGACCGUGCUACGCCGCUGCAUGCGGCACUGCACAAACCGGGGUAUGAGGACAUCGUGCGCCUACUGCUGGACAAGGGAGCAGCCGUCUCGACACACCACUCUCUCUUCAGCACCCCAGCGCACGUAGCGGCGUCCCAGCCGAGCGAGCAGAACCUACGCAUGCUCCUGGAUAAGGGCGCGGAUGUAUCGGCCACGGGCCGCAGGGGCAACACGCUACUCCACGAAGCGGUAAAAAAUGGCCAGGAGGGGAAUGUCAGGUUGCUGUUGGCUAGGGGCGCCGAUGUGGCGGCGCAAAACAGGCGGGGCAAUACACCGCUUCACAUAGCGGUGUAUCAUGGCAAAAAGGUGAUUAUAAAAUUGCUGUUGGACAGCGGCGCGGAUGUGGCUGUAAAGGGCUUUAAGGGCCUAAAGCCGUUCGAGAUGGACCGGGCUCGGUAUGAUUAUCGAAGAGCGCGUAGGUUGUACGAGACGGAUGACGAGGUGGAUGAGGAGAAAGAUGCAAUAUCUAUGGAGAGCCUUUGGGCUAUUUAG